AUUACACAAAGAAAUCGAACAUUUUAAAAAUGUCAGACGCCGACAGCCAGAAACAAAUCAAGCUCAUCUCGUCUGAUGAUAAAACUUUCACGGUCUCACGAAAAGUGAUCAGCCAAUCCAAGACCAUAUCUGGAUUCACUUCUGAAGACACGAUUCCACUUCCAAAAGUGACUUCUGCGAUCCUUGAGAAGAUUAUCACCUGGUGCGAGCAUCACGCCGACGAUGAGCCAAAGAAAGUCGAAAAGAUAGAAAAAGGAAAUAAAAAGACGGUAGAAAUUAGUGAAUGGGACGCCGAGUUCAUGAAAGUCGACCAGGGGACUUUGUUCGAAAUCAUCUUGGCAGCCAACUACCUCGACAUCCGUGGGCUUUUGGAAGUGACCACCCAGAAUGUGGCUAACAUGAUGAAGGGUAAAACUCCAAGCCAAGUCCGAACCCUGUUCAAAAUUGACAACUUCUCCGAGGAGGAACUGGAGGCCAUGAAGAAGGGGAACGCUUGGUGCGAGGAUUAAGCUCCCGGUUAAACAUAAUUAACUUAAAAUUUAUCUGAUUCGGUUUACAUACCUCUUUUAUGUCACUUAAAACAAAUCAAAAAUUAUUUUAAACAAAACAACUUUGUUUGUCAAGUACGCUUUGCAUUGCAUCCAACAGAAAAUAAAAUUUGAAUAAAUGUAUAACGCCUGU